AUGGCGUCUCGUGAAGGGAUCAAUCCCCUACGGCCUUACUACAUCCCCCAGUCGGGCUUGUCACCUUCCCUAAAUGUCACACCCGAGGUGACGUCGCCCUCGUCGGCCCAGGUGUUUGGGAGCACGGCGCGCGACCUCAUCCCGGAUAUCGAUUACGCCGAUUAUCUAGACUCUUCGCCAUCCGUGUCGGAUUGGGUUCGCGAUAUCCUUAACCGAGCGCUUGUGCGAUACAGCAAGGUUCUCACUGCGCAGCCUUUGGAUGUUGCCAAAACAAUCUUGCAAGUUUAUGUUGUGCCUGAUCCCACAGAGGAACAGGAGGACCGGAGGGGACCUCCGGGAGCCGAAGGCAGCUCCUAUGACUCGGACUCCGACUCAUCCGGCGAUGAGAGCGUUUACUUCACAUCGGCCGCGCCGGCCACGCCCACCCCGACAUCACGAUCGCGAAGGGGUCGGCAUCAUCACAUCACGGACCGCAGUGGCUACAUUCGUCCAGACACUGCACCAGCUCAGUCUAAGCAUGCACUGACACUACGAAAUCCGAACUCUCUAAUGGACGUCCUCUCCCAACUCUGGUCGACUAGCGGACCAAGCUCCCCCUGGAAGGCAUCCAACGCCACUUUCAUCUACUCGUUGCUACUCCCAACCCUCAACACCUUCAUCCGCAGCCUCCUGUCCGCCAUCGUGGGCUUGCCAGAGGAAGAUAUCGCUUCGUCGAUGGCAGCGGAUAUCCUGACGGCGCCUUCACCCCUAGCGACGCUCAUCCUCUCCUUCAUCUCCUCGUCCCUCUCCGCCAUACUUCUCUCCCCCAUCGACACCGCGCGCACCUUCUUGAUCCUCACGCCUGCGACCCACGGCCCACGCUCUCUCAUCCGCGCCAUCCGCCAGCUCCCCACCCCCAACAGCACCAUCCCGUCGCACCUCAUCCCAAUCACCGUUCUCCAUUCCAGCUUGCCCAAUUUCAUCACCACAGCGACCCCACUCUUCCUCAAAUCCUACCUGUCAAUCGACCCCCUCCUCAACCCGUCCAUGUGGAACCUCUUCGGCUUCAUUAGCUCCGGCCUUGAGCUCGCCGUGCGAUUCCCCCUCGAGACCGUCCUCCGCCGCGCCCAGAUCGCCACCUACACAUCCCUAAGCCUCCGCCAGAAAUCUUCUGGUGGCAGCAUCCGCGCUGCGUCUAUUGACGCUUCGGAUGUGGAAACUAUUGUUCCUACGCCGCGUACUUAUCGCGGCAUUAUUGGCACCAUGUGGCACAUCGUUCACGAGGAGGGCGUUAGCUCCGCACCCUCCGACGCCGAGCGUGCACGUCUCGCCGUCGGCCGACCUACAACCCAGCAGCAGCUGUCGAAGCGUCAGCAAGGCCAGGGUAUCCCGGGCCUAUACCGUGGUUGGCGCAUGGGCAUGUGGGGUAUCGCUGGUAUUUGGGGUGCCAGCCUCCUCGGCGGAGUCGCCGGCGGUAGCGAGGAGGAAGUGACCCUGCGCGGUGGACACGGUCGGUCCAGCGGUGGGCGCUUCUAA